AUGGAUGAUAUCAAAGGUAUUGAAAAUGUGUUUGAUGAAUCUGAUAGUAGUCUAAUCGAUGAUGAUGACAGUUUUUAUUCGAAUUCAAUGGUCAAACAUGUUGUAUCAAAUAAAUUGGAGUUAUUUAGUAAUGAAAUAAUCGAAAAAUUCGAAACAUUAUAUCCUCAAUAUAAUCAACAACAACAACAACAACAGAAUACUAAUGGAGCAAAAGUGAUUGAAAAAGAAAUUUUCAAUAAUUUAUUAAAUAAAGGUACAGAAUUAAUUUAUCUGUUAUUUAUUAUUAACAACGUUAAAGUAUAUAUUAAUCGAAUGUGGCAUAAUUAUUCGAAAAAAAUAGAAAAUAUGUUAAAAAAUUCAAAAUAUACACAAUAUAUGCAACACAAUCAUAUCAUCGUAUCAGAAUUAGAUUAUCUAUCAUUAGUUGUAUCCAAAAUGCUUGAAAAGUGGUAUUCAGAAAUACAGACAGACAUAACAUUGAUAACAGAUAGAUAA